UUUGACAGGUCGCUGACUGACAACAGGUGAACACGGAGUUAGUAACACGGGGCUCGCGAGGACACCACAGCUGGAUGAGAUACCCGAGGAGAGGACGGUGACAGAAAGAUUUGUGUUCAGAAAUUCUAUCCCAUGAGGUGAUUAGGAAGCCAAGGAUACCGGGAUGUUUCCUCCUCCCUCCUGCUUCCUCUGGUGUCCUGAGCCGACCGGCGCUGACAGAAGAAACAUAACCCACACAGAAAAUCCAGACAAUCCCUUUGCAAUCAGGAGAGGAUGGGCUGUCACGCUGUGCUUUUGUUUCCUGUGAGAGGGAAACUUCAAUCACUCCAACGCUGCGCCCUGACUGGUCAGCUUAGAGUUUCAUGAACCCUCUAUACCUGCCCUCUAAUUGGUCCUUCAUUCCACUGUGAAGACUUUUGCAGCCAAUCGGUGUCUGUCUGGUGCUGCAGCGUCUCCUCUGCAGCAGAUUUCUGCUUCAGUCGGGACAGAGCACAACAGGAAAGAGAGAGAGAGAGAGAGGAGAACGAGCUUCACACAGCUGAAUCAGGGAUUCUGCACAAGUGAUCUCCAACAUGGAGGUGCCCAGGAGGCCUCAGCCCUCCUCCUUCACACUGGCUCUCCCUAAACCAGCUCUCUCUUCCAUUGGCGCUGCAGAGAAAGUCACCAAGAAGGAGCUAAUGACCGAACUCCAGGAGAAGAUGGACCGAAGUACAGAGAAAGAUCAGUUUGGAGAAGAGACAUUGAGUUCAGAGGAGGAGUCGAAUGUGUCAGUGUUUGUGGAGGCACCAGCUGACAGCUCAGAACUUACAGAUACAAACACUUUCACUGCUGGAUCUAAACUUUCCGCACAGGAUAGCUUUUCAGAGGAGAGCUCCAUAUCGGAGGAGAGGCUGGCUGAGGAGGCCAGAAAGAAAUCUGAAGAGGAUGAAAAAGCAGCUAAAGAGAGAGCAGCUCAGAGGCAGCUGCUGGCUAUAGAGGAGCUGGUGAUGUCUGAGAGGAAUUACCUUCGACUGCUGCAAGUCAGCACUGUGACCAUCAGGAGCAACCUGCAGCAACUACAGCCUCCUCUUACCAACUUGGACAGCAUGUUUCAGUACAUAGAGGAUGUGAUCAACGUGUCGAGUCGUCUCCUCAGCCUGUUGGACCAGAAGCAGAUCCAACCAGGAGACCCUCUCUACCUGGAGACUCUCUGUGAGUCGUUCCUCAGCCUGUCUUCAGAUAUUGAAGCAGCUUACAGGGAGUACCUGGCAAACUACAACAACGUCACAGUGACGGAGAACAGCUACAAACAGAAGGAGGCGCUCUGGAACGACAUUGUCAGAAUCAUCAAGACCUCAGCGCCUGAAGUAAACGCCACCUCUCUGAGUUUCUUCUUGGUGAUGCCGGUGCAGCGGAUCGCUCGUUACCCACUCCUCCUGCAGACCAUCCUGAAACACUCCGAGAAAAGUCACCCAGCAUAUGCCCUUUUGGAGCAGACCGCUCACACCUCCAUUGCCCUGAACUGUCGCAUCAAUGAGUACAAACGCUUCAGAGAAGUUGCUGACAAAUACAAGAAAACAGAAACUCUGACAAUAAAGGACAAGAUCAACCGUCUCAACACUCACAGCAUCGCCAAGAAGACGGCGAGGAUCAGCCAGCACUUCAAACACGAGACUGGAAUAGCACCUAAGCUGGUUGAUGAGGAGUUUGACGCAUUGGAAGGUUUCUUUUACGUUCUGGAGCAUGGCAUCCUGGAGCUCCUGGAGAACGUGGAGAUGUACCUGCACCACCUGCAGGGGUUCCUGGCCUGCAAAACAGAGGAGUUUGACUUCGACAUGGAUGGAGAAAAGGCACCUAUUUGCUACAAGGAGAUCACUACAGCUCUCAGACAGUGGAUUCUUCCUACAUUUGAGAAGAGGAUGAGGACGUUGAUCCACAAGCCGCUGUGUGCACUCCGUGACCUCCUGGUGGGCCCGAGGAACCUGAUCAGGAAGAGGCUGGACAAGCUGCUCGACUACGAAGUGAUCUGUGAGAAGUCCAGUCUGAGCUACGAGGAACAGGCUGUGGCUAACACGUACAGGACAAUGAACACAUUACUCCUCAACGAGCUUCCUCAGUUCAACGGUUUGGCUCUGCAGAUGAUCUGGAGCAUGUUAGGGACAUUCAGCUGUCUGCAGAAAGACCUCGCCUCAGACAUGGAGCAGCUCUUCCAAAGCUUUGCACAGCAGCUUCCUCACAGCUCUCUCAGCCCCAAAGCAUUCUGGGAGUGGGCGGAGUCUGCAGUGCUGGAAGGUGCCAGAAGGCUGGAGACUUUGUGUCGAGGUGUACAGGACACGCUUAACGCCCCUGUCGACCAGCCUCAGAGUCCAUCUUUUCAGCGCCGACUAAAGCAGCUGAUGGAUAAGCACGGUUCUGGAAAGAUCUACCAGGUGGUGGGGACGGUGGUGGGCAGCCGGGAUCUGGACCUGAACCUUGCCAAAGGGGAGCUGGUGGCCAUCAUCAGUGAGGCUGACACCCGCGGAGACAAGAGAAGAUGGCUCGUCGACGCUGGAGGCAGAAGAGGGUACGCUCCUUCCUCGAAGCUCAUUCGUUAUCACCAGCCAACAGAUGACCCGCCCCCUUCACCACAUUUGACCUUACCUGAGAGCAUGACGGGAAUCAGGAGACACUCCUACACCCCAGAGGGACGCCCACUGACUGUCAUGAGCCAGCCCUGCUUUCAGGUGUUUGCAGCCUACGACUUCAACGCGAGAGGUAACCAUGAAGUUUCUGUCCGGUCUGGUGAGCUGGUCCGUGUCCUGGAGCCACAUGACAAACGAGGGAAUCCUGAGUGGAGUCUGGUGGAGGCGAAAGGAGGGCAGAGAGGCUACGUGCCCUCCAACUACCUCACAAUCAUGGCUGUGCCGACUGCUUCUUGCUGAGAGGGGAGGAAGGAUGGAGAGCAGCCAUGUGCAGUAUUAAAGAACGCUAACAGCAGUAUUUCUUCAAUGAAGCUGAACUUGCUUUUCACAAGUCAUUGUGAUUUUCAGUGACAAAAUCAGUGUUCUCAAUUGCAGGAAAGCAAAAAAAAAAAAAGCCAAAUUCUGUUGACUUCUUUAAAUUAUUAUUUUGGGGCUUCAAUUUUUCAAUUUCAUCUUCAAGACCUUUUAUGUUAAAACUAAUGCGAUGAGAUUUUUAAAAUUGGAAAAAAUGUAUGUAAAAGUCAUUUUAGUUUACAUCAUUGUUGUUCCCCAAAUCACUAAUUUGCUUCAAAAAAGUCAUUAGAGCAUACAAGGCCUCUUUCUUUUAGACCCUGGUUUAAAGGGAAAACAAAGACAAGAGUCUUCCUCCUCUGAUUAUUUUGAAGUUUCACAUUAAAAAUUGUCCUCCAAAGUGGAGACAGCUGAAGUCACAAACAAAUUUUGACUUUAAAAAAAAAACAACCUGUAAUGUUUUUGAAACUUCAGCUUUACAUCAAAAAUGACUUGAAGUGCAUCAGUGGAUUUGCCCUGAUGUUGUGACGUUUCAUUGUAGACCUUAAAACUGAAACAGGCGAUGACAUAUCAGCAGUAUUUUAUAUGUCUGCUCUAAUGCGGACACUGCCUUACUCAUGUCAAUAUACUACGUGACCCACUGGGGAAAAUGAAGGAGGAUACAGCCUUGGUGCUUGUAGUUCCAUGUUGUCUGGCUCAUGAGCUCUUCAGCACCACCUUGCUGAAGUGGAUUAUUCAUGUGUACAUAUAUAUAUAUGAAAGACAAAGGAAGCUUCAAGCCCCACUUUUGUCAAGGCCAUCUUUAAGUGACAAUGACAGAAAGUUUUAAUGAGGCUUGAAGGACUCCUGAGCUGUAUGCAAAGGGGGACUCAUUUCCCAUGAUCCUCAGCAGGAAAUAAGGACACUUGAAUUGAACGGCAUGUUCUUGCUACUGUCUGCAUGUUUGUGAGCUAACUGCAGCACUUAGACCCACAAUGAGCAAAAAAGUGUGUGUGUGCGUGCGUGCGCGUGUGCGUGCGUGUGUGUGUGUGGAUGCAUCUGUUUGAUGUGAAAUUGAGCUGAAGGAUGCGUGUGAUAUGUGUGGGGGUGUGUGUGUGUUGGGUCUUCUCCACAUCCUCACCUGGAGGCAGGAGAAGUACUGUAUCCAGACUGACAGGUACAACGCGCUCUCAUCAUCUCUGACUGUGUAAUGUGAUGUAAAUAUAAAAUGUCUCCAGGGCCCAGAGACAUGGAGAGAGGAGAGAGGAGGAGGGAUUUUAAAGACAGUGGGAGAUUUCUUUUUUUUAAGGGAAGAGGAACUGAAGGAGUUGGAGGAAGAAAAUGUGUUUUUUCCUUCCUUAGCUGAUUUAAAUACACUUGUCUCUUCCUCCAUGCUCUCAUUUAUCUGUGAAUGAUUACUUUCUGUUUUGCUUUUAUUAUCUCACUUCCUGUUGCAAUAAGAGGCUAAAUUGUUUUUUUCCUGAGUUUUUGACUUAAUAAUGAUAUAUACAGGACUGAAACAACCUAAUUCUGUAUUCAUAGGCACCUGAUGAUGCUUGUUGCCAUGGAUACUGUUAAUUCAAUGCAGGUCCCGUCUGACUGUGCCAUUUUUUUCAAUUUGGCUGGACAGCAAGAACAUUUAGUUCCAACAGAGUCAUAAUUGUAGCACAUUUUUGCUGCUCCAGUAUUUUUUCAUGUCACUAAGUACACAAACCUGUAAGACAAGAGGAACCAUUCUGCACGGAAAGCAAAAUACCCCAGCCUCAAUACUUCUGUGUCUGUACUUGACAUGCAGGCAGAGUGAGUGUCUUUUCUAGACAUGCAUGUGAUGGACCGGUUUGAAUAGAAUUCAGUGGCAUGUAGCUGUGAGCAGCCAGUGUUCAGUUUGUCUUUUACAGGCUACAGUAGAAACAUAGCUAAGUUGGACUAUGUUGAUUCACCUGUACUUAGCCUACUUUGCUGUGAUUGGCUAGGGAUGUCCAAACAUCAAACACAGGAGUCCCACAAAGAAGUGUCCCUUGUUAAACCAAAUGCCAAUGCUAAAUUGUGUCAUUGAGACAUUCCUUGAAGCAGACAUCUUGUAACAUGAGUAUGUUCUUCAUAAAAGCAAGCCUCCUCCCUCAGUAUUGUGCUGUAUCAGCUGCUUUGGGUGCGUUGCAGAGGGAGGGAGAACGGGGGAGGCUUGGACUCAGAGCGGCUCAGCUGGAGCUUAGCUGUCCCCAAACGUUUGAAUGUCAGGACGGAGCAGAGCAGCAGGAGGGAUGGGGAGCUGUUUGUGUACGAUAUGUUACCAUCAAAACAAAAUACCAAAUGUCCUCGAGGUUAGUAGAGGAAGAAAAUAUACAGACUACAUCUUACCUGCUUUCACCUCCUCAAAGGCCAUUUUAAAGGGUGAAACCUUGGAGCUCGGUGAUGUAUUUCACCUGUUUGCAAAAGUGCUAUAAAUUCCCAUGAAUGUUAAAUACAGUGUGAAGCUGCUGUUUGUGAUAUACCUUCAAAUUUGAGCUGUUUGUGAUAUACCUUCAAGAGUUUUCUCAUUCCCAGAAUAUCUUACAAAAUAUAGAUAAUGUAUGAACUGAACUAAAGUCAUACAAAGCCAGUGUCUUCCUCUUUUUGCUAAGUUCAGGGUCCCAUUAAAAUCUUUCAUUUUGAUCAGAAACCUAAAAAUAUAAAGUUAUGAUCAGUGGUUUGGGUAUAAACUUUGUCCUUACAAAGAUGUGUGUGUGACUGGAGCAGUUUUUGUUUCUCAACUCUCCACUAGAGGGCGCAGGAGACCUCGCCUGGUUGUGUUAAAUAGGAGAGCCUAUUGAAGUGAAUGUAACUGGAAACGUCGUGUGUGUGUGUGUGUGUGUGUGUGUGUGUGUGUGUGUGUGUGUGUGUGUGUGUGUGUGUGUGUGUGUGUGUG